AAUGUCUUUAAGGAUUUUUCUUUUACCAAUUUAGUAGUUUCCUGUAUUUUUUCCUUUAAUCCAGUUUGAAUCCCGCCCUGUGCGGGGAUAAGGCUAAUCCUGUUUUUUUUUUUAAUCAAAGCAAAAAAGUUGAUUUGUUAAUCAUUUAGUUUAGUUAAUCCAUGACACCAUUUUCGCUAGCUAUGAAUAGUUCCACAGUGAACCAGUCAGACUGCCCUGACGUGACGGUCCCCUUCCCCAUCUUCUUUGCAAUCGGUGUCGUGAGUCUGGCUGAGAACCUGCUAGUCGUAGUGGCUGUCAUACGAAACAGAAACCUGCACUCGCCGAUGUACUGCUUUAUCUGCAGCCUGGCAGCCUUCAACACCAUCGCCAGCCUCACCAAAACCUGUGAGAACUUGAUGAUAGUGCUAGCUGAGAACGGACACCUGCAGAAGAAGGGUUUCUCAGAGACAAAAUUAGACGAUGUGAUCGAUUCCCUGCUGUGUAUGUCGUUUGUUGGCUCCAUUUUCAGCUUCGUGGCUAUUGCUGUGGAUCGUUACAUCACCAUCUUCCACGCUCUUCAAUACCACAACAUCAUGACAAUGCAGCGUGCAGGGGUCAUCUUAGCUGUCAUCUGGACCACAUGUGGGGUGUGUGCCGUGCUCAUGGUUCAGUUCUUCGCCUCAAAGUUCAUCAUGAUAUGCUUUGUCGCCUUCUUCUUCAUCUCCUUGGCGUUUAUCUGCUUCCUCUAUGCCUACAUGUUCAUGCUGGCACGCAGCCAUGCCAGGGAGAUCGCUGCUCUGCCGUCCAGCAAGGGGAGAAAGUUUCGGCGUCAGUGGUGGAGGGGCAGCAUGAGGGGGGCCCUGACUCUCACCAUCCUGUUUGGGGUGUUUGUGGUAUGUUGGGCACCAUUUUUCCUUCACCUGACCAUCAUCAUGGUGUGCCCUCUGAACCCGUACUGUGAGUGUUACCGAUCGCUGUUCCAGCUUCAUGUGGUGCUCAUGAUGAGCCACGCCCUCAUUGACCCGGCCAUCUACGCCUUUCGCAGCAACGAGCUCAGACACACCUUCAGGAAGAUGCUGCUUUGUUCAGAAUGGAGACAGUGCUCCUAAAAGAAAUAUAUUCUCACCUCUUUUUUUUAUUUUUCACUGAAAAGGUUGCAGUUUCCAGCAGACUGCUCUGGAUUCAUUAGGUUGUAAAUAUCUACUAGGGCUGCAUGUUAAUAAACAAAAAUCACGAUCUUGAUCACACAUAACAUUUAAUCUAAUUUUUAAGUGAUGGCCAUUCACUUGCUCCUUUAUAUGCAUUUAGAACAGUCAGUGUUGCCCACACAAUGGGAAUCUUUACCCACGGUUUACGAGUCCAUUCACACGGAUUUGAAAACAGUUGGUCCAGUUUCAUAAAUUAUGUGCAAAACCUUGUGCAGGCUACAAAAUCUGUGGGCUAAAUUAGGUUCAGAAAUUGGCAAUUAUUUCCGUGCAGCAUGUCAGCGCACUCUCUCUCUGUCUCACUCUCUCUAUCUUUCUCUCACUCUCUCAGUCUUGCGUUCAGUGCACGCAGGCAGGCAGGAGUGCGCCUGUAAUCUGUGCCAACCCUUAAAGGCUGAAAAUGUGACAAUUUAAACUUAAAUAUAGCAGAAA